AAAUUGAAUUAUAAUUUUGGUUCUCGGCUGCACAUUUUCUCCCCUGCGAAUCUUGCUCGUGUGAUUUAUUUAUCUAUAAUGGCCCUGACUGCAAAUGAGCAGAAGCAGUUUCAAUUGGAGUCACGAGCUAAGCUUUCUAAAGCUGAAACGCCUAUGGAAAAGCUCCGGUUCAUGUGCUUGGCUCGGGGUGCUAGUGGUAUCAAUGGAUUAGGCCGUCAGUUCAGAGUCAUGGAUGAUGACUCAAACCGCAAGCUCUCCAAAGAGGAGUUUACGAAGGGUUGCAAUGAUUUUGGUUGUCACUUAUCAUCGGACGAGGUAGACAAAUUGUUCGCUGCGAUAGACACUGAUAAUUCUGGAUCUAUUGGGUUCGAGGAAUUUCUACGCGCACUAAGGCCGCCAAUGUCGCAGCGUCGCAUCGAUCUUGUGAAAAAGGCCUUCUCCCUUUUAGAUAAAUCUGGCGAUGGCGUGAUUACGGUGAGUAUCUGUUUUUUCUUUGCUUGCUUUCGCGACAUAGCCUUCGAUAUAGUGAAACUGGCACAGACAUGCAUAAAAUUUCUUUUUUUAGAUAUUUGGGUUACUGGUUCUUCUGAUACUUACUGCAUAUAA